ACUAUUAACAAGAGUUAAGUUAGAGUUAAACAACUUAGAGACUUCCCAUUAGACCUAGUAUUUAGACAGAACACAAUUUUUUUUUUUCAGGCUAGGAGAUUUUAUCAUUCUAGAGUCAUUCCUUCAACACAGCUUGUUGCACGAGAUAGGAAAGCCUUCCACUAUUGAUAAACGUUCAAUUGGACAUCAGCUAGUUAUUUCAAAAUAUAAGCUUGAAGUUCCAGUUUUGCCCAAAACUUUCGAUCUUCAAUAAGAGCAGCACAUCCAGUACACACUGAGAAACUGACUUAGCGAUCCCUCUUCCUCAAAAAGCCUGUGACUACUGAAUCAGUCCUCAUCGACGGACUAGCUCUUCUGAUCCAGGUACUUGAAAAGAAGCAGAGACGGGACCAACAACGUAUUCUUCCGGCUUGGCAGACGUGGUGUCGCCCGUGGAGUUGAGCGUCAAUUGUGGUCAACACCCUUACACCGGCACCGUGGCGUUCCAACCGGCAAACUCCUCGUGUUCUCCUUUCUCUACAGCAGUCUGUCAGACCACAGUCUCAUCCGGUAUGGCUUAUCUCAAGUCUCCACCUUACUCAGUGAACGGGAUCGGGCUGCCUUCCCCCGGAGUUGACCUUCUCCAUCCUACCAUCGGCUAUCCUGAUCGGAUCGGUAGCAAUGCGCAUUCCAAUUCCUGGCCAAAGCUGCCUGAUGGUCGGCAUUACGAUGUUGAAGGCGUGGGCUCCUACAUUAUUGGUCGGAUGUCGUGCCCACCUGUGGAACGGUUUCCGGACUUUUCAGAUGUCACUAUUUAUCAAACUUCAGGGCCACCUACGCCUAGCCCACGGAAACAACGCCGAGAACGAACCACUUUUACUAGGGCACAGCUUGAUGUAUUAGAGGCCCUCUUCAGCAAAACUCGCUAUCCUGAUAUUUUCAUGAGGGAAGAGGUGGCUUUGAAAAUUAACCUACCGGAGUCUCGGGUACAGGUCUGGUUUAAAAAUCGCCGGGCCAAAUGUCGCCAACAGCAACAGCAGCAUAAUGGAGGCUCAGGCUCAAAAAGUGUUCGACCCAAAAAACGCAAAAGUCCGCAACCAGCCAAUUCACCAUCAACCACUCGUGACUCCGUAUAUAAACAUCGAAGCCUCUCUCAACCAUCUCCGAGUACAACCCCAACAGUGACAACAAACAACACUAGCGCCAUCUGGAGCCCUGCCAUAACCCCCGUGUCGGACUUUAUGAACAGUAGUAGCUGCAUGCAAAGGCCAUCUUACCAGAUGACAAACCUGAAUAAUACACCUCCUGCACCUAGUUGCUACAACACACAGACUUACGGACCAACUUCCUAUUAUGGAAACAUGAGCAUGGACUAUCUACCACCACCAAUGCAUCACACACAGAUAAGCAUGACCAACAUGGCUUCACUGAAUCAGAUGAAUGGCCCAAGCAUGACGUCCCCGAUGAAUCCUGUCGGACUCCAACCUACAUCAUCUUUGACACCACGAGCGCCCUCUACAAAUGGAGGGAUCUCACCAAGUGACUGUUUCGAAUAUGGGACCGACAAAUCUGCGCCAACUUGGAAAUUUCAAGUACUGUGACGUAGUACGAUCAGGAUCAGCAAGAAUUCUGGCACACCGUCAAAUAUAGUUAUUUAGACAUUAUACAUCAUCAUCAUCAUCUGAUACCAAACUUACUUUGAAGAUAUCAGAUUUACUAUUCAUCUCCAGCCAUCAGAUACCCUUAUGAUCUGAGGAAGCAUAAACAGAUGUUUCUUUUUCAACUAACAGAUGUCCUAACCGAAAAAAAAAUGUAAUCAAUGAUCUACUGGCUCGUUCUUCAACUACUAAAUGUCUUGUAAAACUGGAAAAGACAAUUUCUAAAAAUGACGGACUCUUCUUUCUCCUUUGUACGUCUGGUGAUCUGGAAAAAAAAAGUGUUAUCUAUUCAAAUAUUUUAUUAGUAGUACUUCGUGAAUGUUUCCCAGUCUUUUGCUCAAUACGAAUGUGUCAUCAGCAUGAUAGAAGUAAAUACUAAAUACUGUUACCAAAACACCAAUUCUGGGAACUAUACUAUUUUUAACAAGAAUGCUGAAAUUAAAAAGCGUAAUUUAAAAAAAAAUGAAAUGAAACAACUCAGGUGGAAACAUAAGACAUCAAGUUUAUUGGAUUUAAAAAAAAAUCCUAUUCGUUGCUAAAGGGUCGCCUUUUUAAUCAGCGUGAGUUCGGAAGCUUUCAUAUCAAAAUAUCUAAACUGUUUUCCAUUAUCAACCUGUGUAGUUUUUAUAUAUAUGCUUAUGUUCGUGUACUUGUUUAUGUGAUGAUUCCUGGCUUAAUUUUAAUGAGAUGAUACGAAGAAAAAACAAACUUCAUUAAAUGAAAUAAUCAUUUGUGUCAAAAUAUAAAACAUUUGUCGGUUUAUUUAGCUCAAUCACUUUUACUUUGCACGAGGAAAGAUAUUGCACUGACGAUGCAAGAGGAAAGUGUCAUAAAUAGUCGUUACUCAUACCUUCUCACAAGUGCCAAAAAAAAAGGUGAAGUCUCGUAAUA